CUUUUGUCAAUGUCUUGCCUCCCAACACUGCGCCCGCUGCUCACUAGUCACUCCUCUCAAUAUCCAUGUACGUACGUUCCGAUUCAGUUCAAUAUACACCCGUUCGACAAGAUCUUAUCGACCACAUACCCACCAUCACGGAGUCAAGGUUACUCGUACGCCGGAAUCUACUACGGGUGGAAAGAUGCGAGCUAUGACGACAUGAUAUUCGAGACUGUCAACGCAAGCGCCCAGCAUAUAACACAGUCACUCGUCAAUGAUGGCCAGGACGUCACGAACGUUGCCGUGUACACGAGAUUAGAGAUAAUGUAUGGUGAUAAUGUACCUCGUUUGCAGGCCAUCAAGAAUGCUGUCGAUCCGGAUAAUGUGAUGGCAUUGGCAGGCGGUUGGAGAUUUUAGUCCUGAUUUGAACACAGAAAGAUAUAGAUAUACAUUCGUUUUUACCUAUACUCAAUUCCCACAUCGGAAUCUUUUACAUGCAGUACUUACUAUGUGCAUCCAACAGUCGUUACGUUUCUUAUCGG